AUGUAUGAUCAGGUUUUGUACCGCCCGGUGACGGCGGUGGCGUAUCUCUUCUCUCAAGGAAAGCUGCCAUUCGAGCUUCGGGGAUCAUUGCCUGUGCACCACCAUCUACUACCAACCCGGACAGUAUUCCUCUUCGCUGUUCUUCACCCGGCACACGUCGAGGCCCUGCGCGUGCGAUGGAAGAGGAGCUGGGCUUCCCCACGGUCAGCGUCCCGACUGAGUCAGACAGUUUUCGCAUUUUGCAUCACCGCCGCAAAGUUUCGAAUGACUCCGACCGUACGCAGAUGGGAUACGGAAUGCGUGGUUCUAUCCCGAAACAAACGCCGCAAACUAAGAACACUGACAGAAGUUCAUUGA